AAAUAACGAUUAUGUAAGAGCAUAUGAAAAGUACAUAAAAGCCAUUUGCUCUGAAAAUACACCGAGGUAACAGCACUGAAGAUGCAAUUGAUCUACUUAGCAGUUUUACUCACCUUGUGUCGAGUUUCGUGCAACGUUGUAAAAGACGAUGAACCAUCACACAGCGUUGGCAUGAAUGAUGUUUUAGACGAUUUGCUUGGAAAGAAAUGUAAAAAAGCUGGUGUUAAAGAUGCAUAUAAGGAAUUCUAUAAAACCUACAUGACCACAAUGGAGUGUAUGGAAAAACAAUAUAAACCAGAAAAUAAUAGCGAUUCCUCGGAAGAACUUUGUGCUUACGUCAAUACAAAUGUACGGGAAUGUUUUAAAAUUGUGGUUGAAAACUUACAACAUUGUUUAGAACCGGAAGAGAAAUAUCUACCCAAAUUUAUAUAUGAUGCGUUUGACAAAUUUUUGGACCUGGUCUGUGGAGAUAACUUUAUAGAGUUGUUAGCUAGUACGAGUUCUGCCACAUGCUUUGAGGAGCUUUCCAAACACAACUUUUUUGAAGCUUGCGCCAACAGUCCUCUAUGGAAAUCGCUUACAGAUAAUGAACACGUUAUUUUUAAAAAGGAAAAGUUAUGCGCUGAUAUGAACGAGCUUUAUGACUGUCGCGAAAACGUGAUAAAAAAGACUUGCACUGAAGAUGUAAUUGUAAGAAAUCUCUUCAAUAAGUUGCAUAAGGCAAUUUCCUUUUCUUGUGAUAAGGAGGAUGAAGACAAGACAACCUAAAUACCAUUUUCUUAGACGCUGGAGCGAUUUUAAGUGUACUGAUCCAUUUGGUUUUUGUUGUGUAAAUAUAUUGAGCAACAUUUUGUUCAACAUGAUACGCAAAUAGAACUAAAGUAAUUUGAA